UGACCAUCUGCAGGAUAUGUAUACCUUUAUAAAACUACUGUUACUUUUUACAAUAUAAUUUUGAAAGUGUUGAAAAAUCAUAUUAACAGUUAAGUUUAAAGAAAAGAAUAGAAGCACUUUUGGUCGUUUAAAUGAUUAAAAAAAACCUUAUAUAAUUUUAUCUACAUAUAACAUAACUAAAUAUUUCUUGGUCUGUACAUUUUUGGCAAAACGUCAAUGACCAAAUAUUCCUGUCCAAAAGUCUGACACUUUGCAAUUAACUCUAACUAACAUAAGUCGUCGCUUAUGUGGCAUAAUGAGUGUGUUAAGAGGCUUACUCUCUACUUUUCACCUUAUGAAUUUUGAGGAUUUUCUUGAUUUUUUUUUGUAGAUUUUGGUGUCUAUAUGUGCCUGGGAUCUCUUUUCUCUAUGUGCAUCAUACGAGAUUUUUGUCCCUUAUUUUGGUUUUGAUUUAAGUAAUACGUGUAUGGUAUACUGGACGUCUUUUACCUUGGUUAUCAAAAUUUUUGACACUUGUCCCCUGUUCUUUUUAAGCUGUAUUUUCCGGAAAAUGUUUAGUUUUAUUUUGAGUAAAUUCCUCUGUGUUGUACUGGAAAGUGUUUUACUGUGCGUUUUUCAACCAACAUUUUGUGCUCCAGCUUUGAAGCCCCCGUACAUACACAUUUUUGCCUUUUUCUCCUACUUUUCAGUGCUGAGUUUUCCUGCCUUUAUGGUUCUUGUUUGCCCACACACGUUUCCUGCCCUUAACCUCCUCUCUGUUCUCCUCCCGUUUUCCUUUCUAUAUUCUCAUCAUUUUAUCCCACCAACCACCCUUUACUCCCCAUUUUUCGCCCACAAUUUUCCUGCACUUUUUGCCUGUUUUUGCAGCCGUCCUUUGGCUUUUGUCAGCUGUUGCAGCAGCUUCGGGCAAUCCUUUCUUCUUCUUUUUUUUUUCUCCACCCCCCCCAAGUUGGCAACCACUUUUUCACACAUGGAAAACCCAUUUCCAAUAUAUUCUGGAACCUAUUUUUCCGAUUUUCGGGUGAGUUUAUUAAAAUGUUUUUUGAUGAGAUAUUGGCCAGAUGUAUUUUUUCCCCUUUUCCUUUUCCACAUUUGCUUAACACCCUUUAACCCGCUUAUCCGCCUCUUAUUUAACCCUCUUUUUUCCUGCACUUCAUUUUGCAUCGUGUGGGGAGGGGAUCAACGCAGAGUGGUGGGUAAAGAGGGGGAUUUUAGGGGGAUAUUGCACUUCGGUUUUGCGUUCGUUACCGUUGUCACGAGCCAAAAAUUGUGCGCUGAUUCUAUUUUGUGUGUGUCCAUAACUCAGCAACUACCCAGCCGGGGCUAUUACACCCUUCUCUUUCGAACCGCUGCCAGUAUACGGCUAGCCCCCUCUCUUUUGCACGGCCACUGUUGCCAUCUCUUUCAUCGAGGGGCAGAUGAUGAUGAAGAAGCAGAGGCGUCUCUGGAGAGAGAGAAAGGCUUUCUCGCAUCCAGAAGUUGUUGCCACUUUAAGUUGGUACCGUUCGCUGUCGUUUGUCGUUGUCGGGUUAACGGUAUCCUAAAGAAACACACAAACACACACACUAUCAUACCACACCCACACUUUAAAAACACACCCACAUACCCACAAAUGCAACCGAGAUAAUAGCCGGAAAAGCCGCCUUAAGACAAAGGAAGUCCCAAAACAAAAAAAAAAAAAAGAAAAGAAAAGAAAAGAAAAGCCAACAAAUAAGAGGGAGGCUACAUGAUACUCAGAAAUCUGCUGGUAAAUAUUAAUUACCAAAAAUCUACCAAAAACAAAGAAAACCAAACAAAAAAGGACCCAAAAUUUACUUUUACUUGUAAAGUUUUAGUGAGAGUGUGUGUUUGUCGGUGGGUGUUUGAGUAUAUGUGUGUGUGUGGUGUGUAUAUAGAUAGACGAUUGACUAAAUGAAUGUCCAGCAACAAGUGGCAAAAUCUAGAUUGUGGCUAGAGAUGAGACUUUAAAUGAUAUCGAAAAUAAUUAACCGCAAAUUAAUCGAAAGAAAGAAAAAUCGUUACCUAAGUCGUAAACAGUCUAGAGUUUAAAGUAAAAUUGCUUUUCUAUUAAAACUAAUUUGAUUAUUGUGAAAAUAUUUACAAAUCUUAUUAUUGUUUCUUUUAUCGUUUUAUAUUGCACUUAAACUUAUGUUUGUACUAGUAAUUAUAUUAAUAAUUAUUUUAUUACAAACGUAAAUUGUGGAAAUGUACAAAAAUGUAAUUUAUUAACCUUAUGAAAACAUCAAACCGAAACUAGUAACGAAAGUUCAACUGGCGUACAAGUAAAAGUUAAUUGAUAAGCAUGAACUUACAACUUGCAAGUCAAAUUAAUGCUAAUUGAAAGUAGCUCUUAACCUUUAAACCUUUAGCGUAUGUGUAUGUAUACUCGUACGUUCAUUUAUAUUUUAGUAAAUUUGUUUUACAAGAUGACCUAACUCAACCUAACCCCACUUCAAAUCGUGAUUGACUGUUGUUCGAUUGCGGUUCGAUUGGUGCUGCUUGUUUGCAACAUGCAACAUGCAACACGCAACGUGCAACACCAGCUUUCGCAAACUGUGUCACAGAGUUGCUUUUGCCUUGACUGCUUGUAGCUAACAGAACGAGUUGGGUUGAUACGAUUGUGAGUUGGAGGGGGCUAUGGGGGGUAUCUCAAACGAAAAGCGUGGCGGAAAAUUCAGGAAAAAGCAGAAGCAACAAAGGGAGAAAACUGGAGUUGCAGAUAGAGACGACAGACACUUGGCACUUUCCUAUGAAAGGAGCACCGAAAGAUGGGAUUGCCAAGAGACGACAUGCCUGUGGAUAUGGGCGCAGAAAAAUACACCACUUGACAACAGUAGGGGGUAAAAUAUUAGGAACGACACAUCAGGAAAAUUAAUUGGAUAAUAAAUUCUAUUGGAAUGUAAAUUAGGCUAUAGGUGCUACAGUUUAUCUUCAAAUUACGAAAUUUUAAAUUAAAAAUUAAAUUCGAUAAAUAUUAUGUGUUAGGAAUACCUCUGAAACUGUUUUAAAAGAAUCUAAUCCAAUAUUAUUUUUAAUGAUAUUCAAUUCUUGUCCUAUUUUCUUAACCGCCAUUGUUUGGGCAGCGUUAUUCCCACAUUAGAACCUGAUUUUGUGACCAAAGUUGGGAAAAUGUAUUAACAGAGUCCUUUCCUUCUCUUUUCUUCCCUCUUCUCUGGCUGCCCAUUUUCCACGUUUACUCCGCCUCAACCUCCUCUGUUGCCCGCCCCCUUUACAUUUUCCUCAUUUUUCCCCUUUCCCUUGCCCGCUUUUCCUUUUAUUUAGCGUGCUUUUUUCUUUCUUUCUUGUGCUUUUGGCUUUGGCUUCUUUUCUAUUGCUGUCGCCGCCGUUCUGCUGACGCCUCUGUUGACGUUGGCAGAGCUGCACACACACACACAAACACACAGAGGUUGGGGCAACACACACACAGAUACUCACCAAUACCGACGCACGUAUUUACUACAUUCCUCAGUACUUGAAGCGCCUCCGGAAGUGAUGGUUUUCAUCUCUGCGGCGGUGCGUCGCGAAUUUUGAGAGCGAAAAAUAACAAAGCAGGAAAAAAACACAAAAUUCAGUACAAGAAUAUCCAGAGUAAAAAUGGUGAAAAAUUAAGUAGUAUUAGCGAGGAAUUCGUUUGUUAUUGCAGUUACCAGCCAUUCAUUAAAUAAGGGAAAACAAGGGGAUAACUCCCAGCCCAAAUCGUUCGUUCGUUUUUUUCUGUGUGCACUUCACUUAGUUUUUCUGAUUAAAUAUUCAAACAAACAAGAAAAGGAAUAUACAUACAUACUUCAAAUUCGUAAAAAAAAAAAAACCAGCUUGUUAUGUGUGUGUACGAUUGUUGAAAAUUGUGGAAAAAAAAACGAAAAAAAAAAAAAAACAAACGCAAAAGCCAGGAAAAAUCAGCAGCCGAAGAAUGCGCAGCAAACGAAAUACUAGUGAUUUGGGCCUAUUGCAGCGCACCUGCAUUGUUGGCGGAAAAUCGAUGUCCGCUGGCGCUCAGUUGCAGAUGGCCCCGCAGACCACUUCGGCCCUAAGUCACCACCAUCCCAAUCAGCAGCAGCAGUUGCAACCGCCACAGCAGCAGCAUCCACAGCCCCCGCCCCCACAACAGCAGCAGCAGCAACAGCACUUUGCUAAUCAUCACAGCGCCCAACAACAGCCGCAGCAGCAACAGGAGCAACAGAAUCCUCAGCAGCAACAACAGCAGGCGCAACAGCAGAUACUCCCGCAUCAACAUCUGCAGCAUCUGCAUAAACAUCCGCAUCAACUGCAAUUGCAUCAGCAACAGCAGCAACAACUACACCAGCAGCAGCAACACUUCCACCAGCAGCAGCAACAAUCGCUGCAAGGGCUGCAUCAGGGUAGCAGCAAUCCGGAUUCGAAUAUGAGCACUGGCUCCUCGCACAGCGAGAAGGAUGUCAAUGAUAUGCUGAGUAGCGGUGGUGCUACGCCAGGAGCUGCAGUAGCAGCCAUUCAGCAGCAACAUCCCGCCUUUGCGCCCGCCUUAGGAAUGCAACAGCCACCGCCACCGCCGCCUCAGCACUCCAAUAAUGGGGGCGAGAUGGCCUAUUUGACGGCGGGUACGACCACGACGACAUCAGUGACGGCGGUGGGAAAGCCCCGGACGCCAGCGGAGCGAAAACGAAAGCGGAAAAUGCCGCACACCAGUUCGGAUGAGGCGGGGAGUGGCGGUGGUUCCGGCGGAGCAGGAGCAACCGUUGUUAAUAACAGCAGCCUGAAGGGCAAAUCUCUGGCCUUUCGUGAUAUGCCCAAGGUGAACAUGAGCCUAAAUCUGGGUGAUCGUCUUGGCGGUUCGGCCGGAAGUGGCGGUGGAGCUGGUGGCGCCGGAAGCGGAAGUGGUGCCGGCUCAGGUUCUGGAAGUGGCGGUGGCAAGAGCGCCCGUCUUAUGCUACCCGUCAGCGAUAACAAAAAGAUCAACGACUACUUCAAUAAGCAGCAAACGGGCGUGGGCGUUGGUGUGCCAGGUGGUGCGGGAGGUAACACAGCUGGUCUCCGAGGGUCGCAUACGGGAGGCGGUAGCAAGUCACCAUCAUCCGCCCAGCAGCAGCAACAGCAGCAGCAAACGGGGCAACAGCAGCAGGCAAGCGGUGUUGCGACGGGAGGUGGUGCAGGAGGAGCCGCUGGUAACCAGGUGCAAGUGCAAACAAGCAGCGCCUACGCUCUGUAUCCACCAGCUAGUCCCCAAACACAGACGCCGCAGCAACAACAGCAGCAGCAACCAGGAGCUGACUUCCACUAUGUCAACUCCAGCAAGGCGCAACAGCAGCAGCAGCGCCAACAGCAACAGACUUCCAAUCAAAUGGUUCCUCCACACGUGGUCGUCGGCCUGGGUGGUCAUUCCCUAAGCCUUGCGUCCAUCCAGCAACAGCAACAGACGCCCCUGUCUCAGCAGCAGCAACAGCAGCAGCAACAACAACAGCAGCAACAACAGCAAUUAGGACCGCCGACUACAUCGACGGCAUCCGUAGUGCCCACUCAUCCGCAUCAACUUGGCUCCCUGGGAGUUGUUGGCAUGGUCGGUGUGGGCGUUGGCGUUGGAGUUAAUGUUGGCGUUGGACCACCACUGCCACCGCCACCACCGAUGGCCAUGCCUGCGGCUAUUAUCACAUACAGUAAGGCCACCCAAACGGAGGUGUCGCUGCAUGAGCUGCAGGAGCGAGAGGCGGAACACGAAUCCGGCAAGGUGAAAUUGGAUGAAAUGACUCGUCUUUCCGAUGAGCAAAAGUGCCAGAUUGUUGGCAAUCAAAAGACGAUCGAUCAGCACAAGUCGCACAUUGCCAAAUGCAUUGAUGUUGUAAAAAAGCUGCUGAAGGAGAAAAGUAGCAUCGAGAAGAAGGAAGCGCGGCAGAAGUGCAUGCAGAAUCGCCUGAGACUCGGGCAGUUCGUUACCCAGCGAGUGGGCGCCACAUUCCAGGAGAACUGGACGGACGGCUAUGCGUUCCAGGAGCUGAGCCGGCGGCAGGAGGAGAUAACCGCCGAGCGCGAAGAAAUUGACCGGCAGAAAAAGCAGCUGAUGAAGAAGCGUCCGGCGGAGUCCGGACGCAAGCGCAACAACAACAGCAAUCAGAACAACCAGCAGCAGCAGCAGCAACAGCAACAUCAGCAGCAGCAGCAGAAUUCCAACUCGAACGAUUCCUCGCAGCUGACGGGCGGCGUUGUCACCGGACCGGGGAGUGAUCGCCUGGGAGGUACAGCCGGUGGCGUUAGCGUCGAUAGCGGAUUGGGUGGCAAUAAUGCCGGCGCAAUUGGUGGCGGUGCCGUUGGCGGUGGUGUUGGUGGCGGCGGCGUUGGCAGCGGUGGUGUUGGCGGUGUCGGAGGCGGCGGCGGACGUGGUCUAUCGCGCAGUAAUUCGACGCAGGCUAAUCAGGCUCAAUUGCUACACAAUGGCGGCGGCGGCUCGGGUGGUAAUGUUGGCAACUCGGGAGGCGUUGGCGACAGAUUAUCAGAUCGAGGAGGAGGCGGUGGUAUUGGCGGCAACGAUAGCGGCAGCUGUUCGGACUCGGGCACGUUCCUUAAGCCAGAUCCCGUAUCAGGGGCGUAUACUGCGCAGGAGUACUACGAGUACGAUGAGAUCCUCAAGCUGCGCCAAAAUGCUCUCAAGAAGGAGGACGCGGACCUGCAGCUGGAGAUGGAAAAGUUAGAACGUGAGCGCAAUUUGCACAUCCGAGAGCUCAAGCGGAUACUCAACGAGGAUCAGUCCCGCUUCAACAACCAUCCCGUGCUGAACGAUCGCUAUCUUCUGCUGAUGUUGCUGGGCAAGGGCGGCUUCUCAGAGGUUCACAAGGCCUUCGACCUCAAGGAGCAACGCUAUGUCGCAUGUAAGGUGCACCAAUUAAACAAGGAUUGGAAGGAGGAUAAGAAAGCUAAUUAUAUCAAACACGCUUUGCGGGAAUACAACAUCCACAAGGCGCUGGAUCAUCCGCGGGUCGUCAAGCUCUAUGACGUCUUCGAGAUCGAUGCAAAUUCAUUUUGCACAGUGCUCGAAUACUGUGAUGGCCACGAUCUGGACUUCUAUUUGAAGCAACAUAAGACUAUACCCGAGCGUGAAGCGCGCUCGAUAAUAAUGCAGGUUGUAUCUGCACUCAAGUAUCUAAAUGAGAUUAAGCCUCCAGUUAUCCACUACGAUCUGAAGCCCGGCAACAUUCUGCUCACCGAGGGCAAUGUUUGCGGCGAGAUCAAGAUCACCGACUUCGGUCUGUCGAAGGUGAUGGACGACGAGAACUACAAUCCCGAUCACGGCAUGGAUCUAACUUCCCAGGGAGCGGGCACUUACUGGUAUCUGCCACCAGAGUGCUUUGUGGUGGGCAAGAAUCCGCCGAAGAUCUCCUCCAAGGUAGAUGUGUGGAGUGUGGGCGUGAUCUUCUACCAGUGUCUGUACGGCAAGAAGCCCUUCGGUCACAAUCAGUCGCAGGCUACGAUCCUCGAGGAGAAUACGAUCCUUAAGGCCACCGAAGUGCAGUUUUCCAACAAGCCAACCGUUUCAAAUGAGGCCAAGAGUUUCAUCCGAGGAUGUUUGGCAUAUCGGAAAGAGGAUCGCAUGGAUGUAUUUGCGCUGGCCAGGCACGAGUACAUUCAGCCGCCUAUACCGAAACAUGGGCGUGGCUCGCUGAACCAACAGCAGCAGGCGCAACAACAGCAGCAGCAACAACAACAACAGCAGCAGCAACAGUCGUCAACGUCGCAGGCCAAUUCCACUGGCCAGACAUCGUUCUCUGCCCACAUGUUUGGCAAUAUGAAUCAGUCAAGUUCGUCCUAGCUGCCAACCAAGCGCAAUUCCAAUUCAUAAUUCGCCGCCGCCGCAGUAGCAGCAGCUACUUUAGCUGCCAGCCAACAACAACUCCUGCAACAACAACAGCAACUUCAACUCCAACAACAGUACCAGCAGAAUCAGCAACUACAUUUGCAAAACAGUAGCAGCAACUAUGCUGCAACGCUUCUCGAUGCUGCAGCCUUUUGCUAUGAAACGGUAAUGGAUGCAGCCCACUUCCACAA